AUGAGCUUCGGUCUCCUCUGGACGCGUACUUCACUUCACCGGGCAUAUGCAGCCACGGGAGCACACUCCUCUACUCUACUAAGAAGACUUGCAUCGACGUCAUCAUUUUCGCUAUCUUUCCCAGCCGGUCCAAACCCAACACCGUGGCAGAUAUUCCACUUGCCCCCCAACGCUUCGCAGCAGGAUAUCAAGACUCGAUACUAUGAGCUCGUACGGCGGUAUCAUCCCGACUCUCCCGUCGCUCGCUCCCUUCCUCCAGAGAUGGCGCAUGCCCAAUUCCAGGCUGUAUCGCGUGCAUACGACGUGCUGAGGGGAAAGACCCCGUCCAUGGCUAUAGAUGAUUCCUCUACCGGUCCUAUGAACAGGCGUGACAAUGAUGUCGGGUUUGAAAUCUGGAAGGCGCGCCAGGCUCGGAAAGCGGACAUUGAUGUGACGUUCGACGAGCGGUGGAAGGAUAAGAUGCUUGUCGGGAUAUUGCUCUUUGCUGUCUUCUCUUUCGUCGCGCAGAUCCUGUGGGCUCGAAGGCGGAAGAUUGAGACGGCACUUCAGGAGAAGGUUUCUUAUAGGCAGACCGCGAAGCCCACAGAAAAAUCGGGUCUGUCAGAAUCGGCUGCCAACCCAUUGCCUCAUCACUCUACUCCGACGCAAGAGAAACGCACGACGGAUCCACACCAGUCCGAACAAUCCACUCCUUCCCCGCCUCCUGAUCAGUGGUCGCUGGGACCGCGAAUAUAA